AUGACUAUUCAUCUAUUGUAUUUUCAUGAAAUACAGGAAAACAUAUUUAUGGAAAGAAAGUGGUUCAAUUCAAUGCUGUUUAAUAGGGAUUUAGAAUAUAGGUGUGGUUUAAGUAAAUCAAUAGAUAGUUUUGAUCCUAUUGAAGAUAGUUUUUAUCCUAUUGAAAAUAACGGUGUAAAUGAAGACCCAUCUAUUUUAACUGAUGACCCAUCUAUUUUAACUGAUGACCCAUCUAUUUUAACUGAUGACCCAUCUAUUUUAACUGAUAUGGAUAAUGACAUUCAUAGUUGGAUUGAGAGUUAUCUUCGUUAUAAAAUCUGUAUUGCUAGUUACAUUUUAGAUGAUAGUGACAACUACAAUGCCAAUAUCAGUGACUUUAAUAGUUACAUUUUAGAUGAUAGUGACAACUACAAUGCCAAUAUCAGUGACUUUAAUAGUUACAUUUUAGAUGAUAGUGACAACUACAAUGCCAAUAUCAGUGACUUGAAUAGUUACAUUUUAGAUGAUACAAAUGAUAGUGAUUUGUAUGAAAUAGAAAAUUCUAAUGAUACAAAUGAUAGUGAUUUUACUCCAAUAGAAUAUUCUAAUGAUACAAAUAAUAGUAAAUUUACUCCAAUACAAUAUCCUGAUGAUCCAAAAGAUACUUCUUAUACUGAAAAAUUUAAGCAUUUAUGGGUUGAAUGCGAAAGUUGCUUUGGAUUAAAUUAUAAGAAAUUUUUUAAAUCCAAAAUGAAUAUUUGCGAACACUGUGGAGAUCAUUUGAAAAUGAGCAGUUCAGAUAGAAUCGAACUUUCGAUUGAUCCAGGUACUUGGAAUCCUAUGGAUGAAGACAUGUUUUCUCUGGAUCCCAUUGAAUGGGACAAACCUUAUACGGAAGACGAACCUUCUACGGAAGACGAAUACGACUCUUCUACGGAAGACGAAUACGAAUCUUCUACGGAAGACAAACCUUCUAACGAACCUUCUACGGAAGACAAACCUUCUAACGAACCUUCGACGGAAGACAAACCUUCUAACGAACCUUCGACGGAAGACAAACCUUCUAACGAACCUUCGACGGAAGACAAACCUUAUACGGAAGACGAAUCUUCUCCGGAAGACGAAUCUUCUCCGGAAGACGAAUCUUCUCCGGAAGACGAAUCUUCUCCGGAAGACGAACCUUCUACGGAAGACGAAUACGACUCUUCUACGGAAGACGAACCUUAUAUAGAUCGUCUUGAUUUUUAUCAAGAAAGUACAGGAUUACUGGAGGCGGUUCAAACAGGCACAGGUCAACUAAAUGGUAUUCCUGUAGCAAUAGGUAUUAUGGAUUUUCAGUUUCUGGGGGGUAGUAUGGGAUCCGUAGUGGGUGAGAAAAUAACUCGGUUGAUCGAAUAUGCUACCAAUCAACUUUUACCUCUUAUUAUAGUAUGUGCGUCCGGAGGAGCGCGUAUGCAAGAAGGAAGUUUGAGCUUAAUGCAAAUGGCUAAAAUAUCUUCUGCUUUAUAUAAUUAUCAAAUCAAUCAAAAGUUACUCUAUGUAGCGAUACUUACAUCGCCUACUACUGGUGGGGUAACAGCUAGUUUUGGGAUGUUGGGGGAUAUCAUUAUUGCCGAACCAAAAGCUUACCUUGCAUUUGCGGGUAAAAGAGUAAUUGAACAAACGUUGAAUAAGGAAGUGCCUGAAGGUUCCCAAUCGGCUGAAGUUUUUUUCGAAAAAGGCUUAUUGGAUGCAAUCGUAUCACGUGAUUCUUUAAAGGACUUUUUAAGUGAGUUAUUUGAAUUCCAUGGUUGCUUUCCUUGGAUUGAAAAUGAAAACUAA